GCGCUGGAUGGUGGUAUAUUUAGUACGAACACCAUCGGUUUACGUCCACCCACUUUGCCACUCGCUCACACUCACCCCUCGAACAUGAAUCUAGUCUCAAACGAUCCUAGUUGGCUGGUCGUCACUUUGAAUCGAUUUCACAGCUAUAUUGCAGUUGCAUCCUUUACUGCAGUGGUAUAUGAUUGGGCCUUAACCUUCGGACGAGAGGUUGAACUAGUUUGGAGGCAACACUGGUCCCUUACAACCAUUUUGUACCUCACUGUGCGCUAUGCUGGGAUACCAUAUGUUGUCAUGUUCAUGCUAGGAAGUCUUCCGUCAGUCCCGCUGACAGGUAUAGUGAGCAAUACUAUGUUUAUCGCACUAAACUGUAUGCAUGUGGUGGUUGCUGCCAUGCUGGGCGUUAUCAUGAUCACUCGGUUACAUGCCAUGUAUCAGGGGUCGAGAAAGAUGCUUAUAUUUCUCAUUGUGAUCCUACUUGUUCUCACAAUCGCCGGCGGAGUGACUACUGCAAUAGGAAUUAAGCGUAAUUCAGAGGACGCCGUUUCUGGCAUCUAUCAGUGCACUUAUAAGUACGAUAGAGAUGGCCGCCUUCUGAUGUCCAUCACUUGGAUACUCCGCAUUGUAUGGGAAGUCCUCGUGAUGUGUCUUGUAGUCUGGAUUGUCAUAAAACAUUUCCGGCAAUUGCGACCAUCAUCGCAAGCCGCGAUCAUCGGAGAUUGUUUCGUGGUUUUGAUGAAGACUCACGCGGUGUACUUCGCAAGCUUUGUUGCUGGUUCUUGGUUGGCCCUUGGUUAUUUUUUCUCGACUGUCUCGGACUCGACUUCCAUGGGUCAUAAUGGUGCUCUGAACAUCUUCUCGGUCAUGCAGAUGUUUGUGCUGGGACCGCGCCUCAUCCUUAAUAUUCGAGGAUAUCAUGCUAAGCUCUUAGCUGAGUACGAGACAAGAACCAGGAUUCCUCCUCCAAAUAUUUCCCACGAGCCGUCAACUAGCGGCCAUGUCACGGUGUAGUACUGCUAGUGAAACGCUUCAAGUGACAAACCGGGAGUAGAAGAACUUCGAUGCGGCACUAGGUCUGUGACCGACUUGAGCUAUUAGCUGCUUGUACUCGACUUAGUAGCUAUGUACUACUUAUACCCAACACCCUGUGUUACCCAUGGACAGUGUUAUCAUGAUGUACGGCUUGUGUACAUACGGCCAUUAUUGGGCCAUUCAUAUAUU